AUGAAGAUGCUUAGAUGGUCGGGAGGAGUCACGCGGCUAGACAGAGUCCGAAACGAGUACGUUCGUGGCAGCUUUAGGGUGGCCCCAAUACCCGAAAAGCUCACAGAAAACCGUCUAAGGUGGUUUGGGCACGUGAUGCGUAGGGAUGAUGAGUAUGUCGUCAAAAGAGCUCUCGACCUGCCGGAGAAAAAGAGAGGCAGAGGACGCCCUCCGUCAACAUGGUGGACCUGCAUGGCCAAGCUCCUCAAAACUAAUAAUUUACCUGACCCGACAACCCUCGACAGAAUGUCGUGGCGCACAGUAAUUAGGAGAGCCGACCCCACUUAA